GCGCCCAAUCGAUUGCACCCUUCAGCAUCACAACCGCCGACGCCUCGACGACCGACAAGCAAACGCGCACCUUCCUCCGUUGCUCCACAUCGCGGGCAGGAGUUCUCGGUAGACGACGACCCGGAUGAGGUAGACCACGACUUGCGAUUAGCGCGGACCCAGACAACAGAAAACCGACAGCGGGACAGCCGGCCUCCAGCACUCCACACUGUAGAGAGCGAUGAACGGGAAGAGCAGGCCAACGGCGAGCCAAGUUCCGAGGAGACACUGCAGGGUGAAGAGGAGGAGGAGGAGGAUGCAUUAACGCCAGAGAACGAUAAUAUAGAAGAUGAAGACGACGUCGAGGAUGACGACGAUGCAGACUUGAGCGACGCCGAAAGCUUCACGCUUAAGGAUCGGCAGAAAGCCAUCAAUGAGACCCAUCCGUUCGGUAUCCGGAUAUGGAAGCCUGCACUAUACAAGAAGAACCGCUCGGUGCAACGCAACGCUGAAGGCGACAUCCACAGCGCCCCAGGCGGCCGUGUUAGUCGCUGGCUCUUCAUCUUCAACUGCCUCUGGACUAUCGUUUUCGGCUGGUGGCUGGCCUUACUAGCCGGCCUGGGCGGCAUUAUCAAUCUCCUCCUCGCCUUUCUCCUGCGCUGGCAAAGCUGCCGCGAAUACGGCCGUGUGCUCAUCAACCUCUCACACUACCUCUUCUACCCCUUCGGCAAGUACGUCAAACUCGAGCGCGAUGAAGCGUACCUUGAAGAAGACGAGGGCGAAGGCCGCAGCAUCAGCGAGUACGAGCGCUGGCAGACCGGCGAUCUGGAAGAAGGCCGUCUCUUCUUCGGCCCAGCGGAUAUCAACCGCUCCAUCAUCGGCCGUCGUCGCGACGAAGUGCCUGACCUCGAACCUCCCGCUGAAGAAACGGACAGUCUUCUCGGCCGCUCACGAGGUCGCCAAAGCUCCGCCGCCCAACGCGCGCGCACUAAGACGAAAAAACGUCUCUUCGGACGCGGCAAAUGGAACUUCGGCCGUGUCAUCUUUUUCCUCUCCUUCUACCUCCUCAUCACACCCUCGCUCUUCCUCGUAAGCGGUAUCUGCUGGUUCCUCGUCUUCACCAUCCCCAUGGGCAAAGUGACACUCCUGCUCUUCUACCACCUCCGCCGACAUCCGCUAGCACUGAGUUUCCACACCGACAGUCACUACGCCCGCGGCUCCACCCAAACCAGCGGCAAGGGUGGUAAGGGAAGCAGCAUCUUACUCUGCACCUACCGCGCCGUCGGGCUAAAAUACUGGAAAUACACGAUCGACGGCACCAACAUCUUUCUCAUCAACCUCCUCGGCCUCGUCGUCUUCGCCAUCUUCGACUACUUCAUCCUCUACUCCGCCCUUGGCAUCCGCACAUGGCUCACCGCCCCCGGCUUCGUCUUCGUCCUGGCUCUCGCCUCCAUCAUUCCCUUGGCGUACUUCAUCGGACAAGCCGUUGCCUCCAUCUCCGCUCAAAGCUCCAUGGGCGUUGGCGCCACCAUUAACGCUUUCUUCUCCACCGUCGUGGAAGUCUUCCUCUACUGCGUCGCUCUAAAGGAAGGAAAAGCGCAAUUGGUGGAAGGCAGCAUCAUCGGCUCCAUAUUCGCCGGCAUUCUGUUCUUGCCAGGGAUAAGCAUGUGCUUCGGCGCGCUAAAACGGAAGACUCAGCGUUUCAACGUCAAGUCCGCCGGCGUCACAAGCACGAUGCUCCUGUUUGCCGUCAUCGGCGCGUUCGGACCUACGCUUUUCUACCAGAUCUAUGGUAGUCACGAGUUGUUAUGUCAUCAGUGCACCGACAAUGGGCCACCCGAUGAUACGGAUCUGGAUCGAGACUGUCGACGGUGCUAUUUCGCGCAGGUGCCGGCAGUGCACGAUCCGUUCUUCACGCAAGCGGUGCGACCGUACAUCUGGUUCGCGUCGGUAUGCUUAUUCCUCAGCUACGUCGUGGGCUUGCUCUUCACGCUACGCACGCACGCAGCGGUGAUAUGGAACAAUGAGCCAGAUGAGAAGAGAGAGGGAGGGAAGGUGGAUGAGGCGCAUAGUCAGAAGCAUCAUAGUAUUACGAGUUUGAGUAUGUUGUCGCCGCAGCACAUCCGGGAGAGUCAGCUGUAUAAGCGGAUCUAUAGCCAGAGUAUCCGGCAAGCGGGGUAUGGAACGCAAGGGCAGCCGAAGAAGGACGCCCCGCCAGGACCUGGUGUAGAGGACGGUGGCAAGGCCGAUCAGCAAACCCCUCCUCCUCCUCAUCUCGUCCCGCCGAAGAGCGCUCCGCACCACGACGCCGCCGAAACGGGCAGCGUGAAGAGCGUCCGCACUACCAUCCACGGCUUGAGCCCGGAGGAUAACAGAGCGUUGGUGCAGCAGAUGAGCGAGAUAGCGGCCACGGCCGCCACGGUGGCGGCGCGGGAUGCGACAAGAGCGCCGAAGAAAGCGGCGUUAAUGGCGAGUGUGCCGAGUUCGGUGCGGAUCCCGCAGCAUAAGGACUCGAAGGAGGGUCUUCGAAAAGGUGAUCACCCGAAUGCUACGGAGAAUGCGCCGUCGACGCCAAUGGAUACGGCACAUCCUACCCUUGUCCCUACGACGACGGCGGAGAAGGAAGCUCCUGCGGCGGGAGCUGGGGAGGGAGGCCACGAUGCCCCGAAUUGGUCCCGGACGAAAUCCGCUAUUAUUCUUCUCACCGCCACCCUGGCGUACGCCAUCAUCGCCGAGAUUCUGGUUGACACCGUCGACGCCGUGUUAUCCGGCAUCUCGCUUUCGCAGAAGUUCCUCGGCCUGACUCUCUUCGCACUCGUCCCCAAUACGACCGAGUUCCUGAACGCCAUUAGCUUCGCUAUGAACGGCAAUGUGGCCCUUUCCAUGGAGAUCGGGAGUUCUUACGCUUUACAAGUCAUGCUCCUACAAAUACCUUGCCUGGUGUUGUUCUCGGCGGUAUACGGAAGGUUCAUCGAUGAAGAGGACGUGAUCGAUCAUACUUUCACGCUGAUCUUCCCACAGUGGGAUAUGGUUACCGUGAUCUUGGGCGUGUUUCUCAUGGGUUGGGUGGUGGGAGAGGGGAAGAGCAAUUACUUCAAGGGCUCGACGCUGAUCCUUACGUAUUUGGUUAUUACGGUCGGGUUCUGGUUCAGUGGGUACGGAGAUUCGGAUACUAUGGGCAUCAAUCGCUUCGACACGCUCGCCCUUGGGUCUGUAAGAGGAGAGACGUUCCGUACAGUCGGCCGGCCGAGGAGCGGGAUGGCUUUCUAG